UCAAACGUCAGAAACUAACCGUAUUAAAACGCGUGAAGCCGCUCGAACUCGCAUAUACCUCGUUAACCCGACAGCCUGCGGUCUGCCUCCUCAGAGACAAUAAAGAGACUCUAGAGUUUAAUGACACAGAAAAGUGGACACAUAUGCCAAGCUGUGGGGCGACUUGGGCGACUACUGGACAAGAAUGCAUCAGAAACGUGUCUGUUUCUACAGAGAUAUUUGUGCUGGAUUAAUCUGAUACAGGCCGGAGAGUUUCUGUUUUUCGAGGCUAUGAAUUGAGUAAAGUCUGAUGGGCAAACACAAACUUGGAUUUCUGCUGAUAACAAAAGGGACUGCCCCAAGAAAACGAAUUAAGUGAGGAGGAUUUCAAUUUUAAAUUCCAAGGAAGUUUUAAAAAAAAACUGCUGCAGGGCGUAAAAGAUUUAUUUGAAGGUUAACUCGUCUUCGCCUGUGAAUCUGCACAUAACUACGCAGUGAACCAAAUGCAGAGAGAAAGAUGCAUUUGGGUAAGGCUUUACUGUUUGUCCUCCUUCUCAACUGCGCAACUCUGAGCUCAUCUCUGUCAACUUGUGCCACCGUGGAUAUUGACCAUGUGAAAAGGAAGAGGGUCGAAGCGAUACGAGGUCAGAUUUUGAGCAAACUCCGGCUCACAAGUCCUCCGCACUCCCUCGGACCGAGUAAAAUCCCGUAUGACAUCCAAGCACUGUAUAACAGCACCAAGGAGCUACUGGAGGAGCUUGGGAGGAAUCGGCAGCAAAGUUGUGGUCAGGACAACACAGAGACAGAGUACUAUGCCAAAGAGAUAUACAGAUUCAACAUGGUCUAUGGACCGCCAGAGAGCAAUGAUUUGCCCUACUGCCCAAAGGGCAUCACCUCAAAGGUUUUCCGCUUCAGCGUCUCUUCCAUGGAAAGGAACUCAACCAACCUCUUCAGAGCAGAGUUUCGUGCUCUGAGGGUGCCAAAUUCAAGUGCCAAGAGGAAUGAACAGCGGAUUGAGCUCUACCAGAUUGUGAGGCCAAAUGAACACAUUAGGAAACAACGCUACAUUGGAGCCAAGAAUGUGCUGACCAAAGGUACUCCAGAAUGGGUCUCCUUCGAUGUGACUGAAACAGUGCGUGAAUGGCUGAUGAACCGAGGAACCAAUCUGGGUUUGGAAAUCAGUGUGCACUGUCCCUGCCACACCUUCAGCCCAAAUGGUGACAUCAUUGACAAUGAGAACGAGGUGCUCGAGGUGAAGUUUAGAGGUGUGGAUGGAGAUGAGGGGCAGAGUCGCUUGGAUGUGGAUCCCCUUAAGAAAAAAAAGGAACAGUACCAGCCUCACCUUAUCCUCAUGAUGAUCCCACCCCACCGCCUCGAUACGCGGUCCACACACCGGCGCAAGAGAGCGCUGGACACAAAUUACUGUUUCUCAAACACGGAGGAGAGCUGCUGUGUUCGCAAGCUCCACAUUGAUUUCCGGCGUGACUUGGACUGGAAAUGGAUCCAUGAGCCCAGUGGUUAUGAUGCCAACUACUGCUCUGGGCCCUGCCCUUACCUGAGGAGCUCAGAUACAACACACAGCUCGCUGCUGAGCCUGUACAACACUCUGAAUCCGGAGGCGUCGGCCGCCCCCUGCUGUGUCCCUCAAGACCUGGAACCCCUCACUAUACUCUACUAUUCUGGACGAACUCCCAAAGUGGAGCAGCUCUCCAACAUGAUAGUCAAGUCUUGCAAAUGUAGCUGAGAAGACAUGAAAGAAAAGAUAGUGUGGCAUGAUUUUACUAGGUACUGAUCAAACCCUUUGGACUCUUAGCUGUGACAAAUACUUAAACUGACCCUGUAGCCUUGUGACUUAGAUCUGAAAACCACUCUGCUGGUCACACUGUUUUCAAGGAUGCAGGCUUUCUUAAAAACUUGAGGUCAUUUUCUUUUUCUUGGUUUGUUUGGUUUUUCCCCCUCCCAUUCAGUUAGUUCUGGAUAACAAGUAGUUAUUUCUUAAAAGCACCAACCCAAAAUGACCAUAGUCUUACUGUCAAAGUAUUAUCUUAAAAUAUUUUCUACUAGAUUUGUGAAGAUGGACAACACACUCCUAAGGCUAGACUGCAGGGAGGUCUGUACAGUUUGUGUGAAGAAAAAACAAUGAAUGAGUGAAAGAGGCUCAAUUUGUGGUAUAUUGUCUGCUUCAGAGCUCAAGAAAAUAUUCCACCAAGUUACAGUUUCUACAUUGUCAGUAGAGCAGCUCUGUUUCUAGUCUUGGGAUGAUACUGGUAAUGGUCACAAAUACAGACAAUGCUCUGCUGAAUGCUCGAAUAGUCCGUUUAGGCUGGAUUUUUCCUUGAACUUGCCUUAAAGUUUCCUUCCCUUCAAACAGUGGGCAUUAUCUUCAAACACAAAAGGAGAAAGGACAGACUUGCUGCUGUAUCCAAAGCCAUAUCUGUGGUCAGAGAAAAGGAGAGCUGAGAGAGAAUGCCUGUUGGAUUUGCAAUGGAAAGCGAAUGAACAAAGAAGUUGAGCCAAGCUUUUCUGUUUUUGGCCAGCCAGCAGCAAUGGCUUUUUUCAGUGCAUCUAUUAGAAGGGAUGGAAGAAGAAGAAGAAGAGGGGACCUGUAUGGAAGGGAAUAACUAUGAUGGAAACUAGCCAUGAGCACAUUGCCAUUCACUGGAAGUUUUCAUCCUUAACAGGUUCAAAUACUUCUUGGAACAUCAAAUAAUAUACUGGAAAAGAAGAACUGUUAUGCAACAGGUUCUUAUGAGGUUUCUUUUACAUUAAGAGCAGAUUUAGUCUGUUAUGCAGCUUGUCAUAUAGUGACUAUAGUGACUGGGAAGAAAACUGAUGUGUAUCUCCAUGGGUGUAAACAAUUAAACCAUGAGUACUGUUACUUUUCCUUCUGAUUUAGAAAGAAUGAGCUAUUUUAUUUGUCUAUAUACUGUACAAACUAGUUUGGCCUGUUUUAUUGGAUAUAGUGCGUCUCACUAAAGGCUUAUUGUGCUAAAACUGCCAAAAUACUUUUUACCAACACUUACAUUAUUGCCCGUUGUACGUUUGCGUACGUUGUGUUUUCUGGAGUAUUAAAAACUGUAUCCACUAGGGGGCAGAUUAGGGGCUAAUUAUCCCUGGCAGGGAACAGAAUAUCUUCCUGCUUUUGCAAACAGUAGGUUGAACCCAAGUUCCUCUAACUGCAUCCAUGUUUGCCUCCUUUCCAUGUUUUCCUUGUGUCUUAGUCUCACUCAUGUACAAUGAAAGAAAAUGAUGCAAGGACAGAGGAACCGAGGAAACACAUUUUAACUGACAUGAGACGUAUUUUCCUCUUAUUGUUAAUGUGAAGCGGCCAAUCACGAACUGAUUUUAGAUGAAGGGGCGUGUCAAUUCGUAGAAGACUUCCAUGAAGGAUGCACUCAAGUAUCCUUGGGCAUAGCUCCUCACUCCUCGCUCCUCAGAGCAGAGCUUUUGGACAUCAUUUAUCAUGGCGGACCAGAACAACUUCAGGAUUGAGGACCAAGUGAUGAUAAAAUAAGGGAACUGGGAUUCACCUAGUGUAAACAGAACAAAAUGGCAACACUCCAGGUAGCUCCAACACCAUUGGUGUUGUGAUCAUGGUAGAGGAAAUGGCAGCGGCAACAUAAAAAAUGAUAUGUCAGCUGAACAAGCUCCACGAGUUUCUUUUCAAAGCGUUCAGCCAUAGCGGUGGUGACACAAAACUGUUGCUAACAUUACUUUCUGCCCCCACCUGUCAUGUUCUGAACUGCAUCUUGUGUAUUGUUAAUUCUGACCUGCCCAGCCAACUCUUUCACAGAUCAAAGCAUAUGCGAGGCAGCCACGAUGUGCAUGCAAACGUGUAGUAAAACCAAGUAUAUUGCUGGCUUAAAACAUUAUUAUCUUCAGACAGCUACAUCAGAGCACUUUUCUCCAACAAUAACAGGAAACACCAUUUACUAUGCAGUUGUUUACUUCAGUUUUAAAUCAUUAUCAUUCGCCACACUCUAGCUCUAGCUGGCAAGGAGUUGUAUGUGCAGUCAGGACUCCCACAAAUGCUGCAGCCUUUCAGUCCUUCUGCUCAAUCUAUGUUUGUUAUGGUGCUCUUUUACAGUGUGAAACAAUUACGAAAAUGGGGGAAUAGGUCAUAACAUGACAGUGGCUGAUAUAGAGUUAGACCUCAUUUUUCUCUGAAUCAUGAGAAUGACUGAAUCCUUGUACUGUGUGAUGUUCACCCAGUCAGAGUCAUCUAGCCUUUAGGGGACAUUUAGGUGACAUUUUUGGCAGUAAUAUUGUUUUUGUUGACUUGUUGAUUAUGGUUGUUAUUAAAAACAACAUGCUAACCUG